AUGAGGAUAGCAUGCCUGCAAUUCGCUCCCCAGGUCGGCGACAUCGACAACAAUCUCAGCCGAGCCGAUGCCGCCCUUAAAACAGCAGAUCCCGAUGGCUCGGUCCUUUUCGACAUGCUUGUCCUACCAGAGCUUGCCUUCACCGGCUACAACUUCGAGUCGCUACAGCAUAUCUACCCCUCCCUCGAAGAAGCUGGCUCGGGCAUCUCUUCGCUGUGGGCCCGAAUAACUGCCCUCAAGCACGACUGCACCGUUGUAGUAGGGUACGCAGAGAAGGUGGACGCAGCCGCCCACGAGUACUACAACUCGGCUCUCAUUGUCAACCGCAAUGGCAACAUCGUCGGCAAUUACAGGAAAUCGUCAUUGUACUAUACCGAUAAGACUUGGGCUCGCGAAAGCGCCGGCGGCUUUUUUCGGGGCAAAAUGCCUGGGUUUGGGAAUGUUGCGAUGGGCAUCGGCACGGAUCUCAACCCUUACCAGCCGGAUACCCCUUGGGACGCAUUCGAAUUUGGGAUUCAUAUCGUUAAAUCUCAGGCAAACGUGGUCAUUCUGAUGAUGGCCUGGCAGACAGACCAAAAUCCGAGUUUGUUCGGCCGCAGCCCUCAAGAGCCCGACGUCGAGACACUUGUCUACUGGGUUCAGCGGCUUGAGCCCGUGAUUUGCGCAGACAAGGAGGAGGAGGUCAUCGUUGUAUUCUGCAACAGGACUGGGGUCGAGAAGGACGCCACAUAUACCGGUACCAGUGCUGUCAUCGGUAUCAAGCAGGGCGAGAUACUCGUCUAUGGAGUUCUUGGAUGCGGAGUGGUCGACCUUCUGAUUGUUGACACGGAUUGCCCGCCCCGAUACAGACUUACGGGUUCCGAUAGCACGGAGGCGGACGAAGAAAGAAACCAAGCAUGCCAGCCAGCCCCUGCUGAUCCCAGUGUUGAGAAUGGGGUUGAUAGACCUGACGAGCCUAUGCGAACGCCCCGGUCACCGACCCACCCUCAGAUCUCCUCCCGGUACGAAUCAGAUUGCUCUAUUACAAAGGCCAACAUUCCGGGUUCUCCAAAUACACAGAAAUUAGCGCACCGGCCAUCCCGCCCCAAACUGGCAAUCCCGUCGUUCACAUUGAGCUUUGACCACAUACAGAGCUCCCGUGAGUCGUGGUCUGCCGUCUUUGGCGGAGGAGCAACCAUGACGCCGAUCACACCGUUUGAGGAGGACGGAUGGAGCUCUACCCCUAUAGACCCGGAACCACCACAGUGGUACCGGAAGUACGAGUCAACAAUGCCGACCUUGGACGAGAGUAUCGGUGAGGAGGAACACGAGUAG